CCGCGGGGGAGAGAAAAAUGGGCAUCUUUUCUGGGCUUCUCCGAAGGGAUGGAUGCGAUUUAGAAGAAAGAGGCGCCCGCUGGAGCUAGGCGGGGGCUCGUCCCUGGGACCGGCAAGCAAGCUUGGCCAAAGCGAGGAUUUGGCCCAUUGGACACCAUGGCUACCAGUGCUGUGCCAAGUGAAAACCUGCCCACUUAUAAAUUAGUGGUGGUUGGAGAUGGGGGUGUCGGGAAAAGUGCCCUCACCAUUCAGUUUUUCCAGAAAAUCUUCGUGCCAGAUUAUGACCCAACGAUUGAAGAUUCCUAUCUGAAGCACACAGAGAUAGAUGGGCAAUGGGCAAUUCUGGAUGUCCUGGACACUGCUGGUCAAGAAGAAUUCAGUGCAAUGAGAGAGCAGUACAUGAGGACGGGAGAUGGCUUCCUUAUAGUUUAUUCGGUCACAGAUAAAGCCAGCUUUGAACAUGUGGAUAGGUUCCAUCAACUCAUUCUCCGAGUUAAGGAUAGAGAAUCUUUUCCAAUGAUUUUAGUGGCCAACAAAGUUGAUCUAAUGCAUUUGAGAAAAAUCACCCAGGACCAAGGGAAGGAAAUGGCAGCCAAGCACAAUAUUCCAUAUAUAGAAACUAGUGCUAAGGAUCCUCCACUGAAUGUUGACAAAGCCUUCCAUGAUCUUGUUCGAGUAAUCAGGCAACAAGUUCCAGAAAAGAACCAGAAGAAGAAAAAGACCAAGUGGCGAGGAGACAGAGCAACUGGUUCCCACAAACUGCAUUGUGUGAUUUUGUGACUGUCUCUUCCUGUGUUUCUCAUUUUUUUCCCCAUUCCAACUUGAACCAAUUGUACAACCUAACUGCAACUGCAACUUUUCAAGAAAACAGUUCCUGCCCAAAAGAACUCAAAGGGAAAAGUUCUGGGUGUUCUUGAGAUUCAGUCAGAUAAUGAUUUGGAAAUCAUGCAGAAUUGGUUUACCUUAAAAAAAAGAAAGAAAAAGAAACAAGUUACUCCAAAGCAGGGGCAAAAAAAAAAAAUAUCCAAGUUUUAUUACUGCCAGCCAUCUCAAUAGUCUUUAUUUUAAAAUUACUUGGGUGACUAAAAAUGUUUUAUCUGCAAGCGUUCCCAAGGGGAGCUUACUUCUAAACAGUCAUUAAUGGCUUUACUUAGUACUGAGCGUGUUGUCAAUCAGGGUCAAUAUUUCCUUUCUUGGCAGAAUUUCCUUUUGCACUGGAUUCCCCGAUAUGUCUUCAGAGGUGCAAAUCGUUUGUGUACGUAUGCGUGCAGGCGUGCAAAAGAAACUGGUGUGUAACCAGAUCUUUAUAAGGCAGUGCCAGCAAAAAGGAUGAAGGAACGUGAGGGGUGGGUUGUCAGUCCCCAUCUGAGUUGUUCAUCCUAUGUGCCAGGUUGUGUUUUGUCAGUAAAAGGCUACCCUGAAAAAGUGGGAGGGCAGCCAUUUUGCUAGUCUGAGGAAUAUUUAAAUUAAAUGGUUAUUUACAAAUAAUAAAUAGUACUUUUCUUUUGCUUUUGUUAUUUUGAAGAAAAGAAACAUGGAUAAAUGUGGAUGUAGAUAUAAACUGAACCCAUAUGAUGCCCGGCUAUGAAUAAUAUCAGAAAAUGUGCUGAUUCUGUGCUGGUUGAUAACUUUUGGCUUUUUUGUCUAAGCCUCAUAAUGUAACACCAGUUUUCCUAUUAUAGUACUUCUAGGUAGCUUGAAUUUCUAUUUGGAAACAGAAAAUGUCUUCUUCAGUAAAGCAGUUACUGUUCUCAUGCCAUUAAUACAUUCCUAUAUUCGGAAGUUCUUGCCUCUACUUCUAAAACUCAAGGAUUACUGUAUUUAAUGCUCAGAGUUUAUGUGAAUGUGCAAUACAACUGCAUGUAUUUUUCA